ACCUUAAGAAAUUAAACAAAGCAAAUGCAUUUGGUAGCGCCCUCAGGAAAAGUCCAGUCACUUCCUGACCAGUAAUCUGCCUGGGAGCAGCAGAUACAUUCUCAUUGUUUGCCAUUUCCAGUUUCCAGUAAUGGGAACGAUUACUUGAUCCAGCCAGUUUCUGCAGAAGAUCUGGGAAAACAUACAAAUUUUAAUGGCAAAUUUUUAUCGGUUUUCAUAAAACAGCAAGGGAAAAAAGCAUAACGUGGUUUUGGUACACGGAGGCAUCACCUCUGAUAAUGAAUAUUGUUUUAUUUUGGAACUAAAGUGUCUGUUCUUCAGCAACGAGAUGUAUCUUGCUCUUCUGGUGGUUUUCUUGCAGUGUUCAGAACUUUACGCUCAGAGAAAAGUUUUUACUUUCAACAAAGUUGAAAUCAGGGUUCAGCCGUCUCUCAAAGUGAAGAAUGGAGCUCCAAUGUCAAUCAUCUGCCAUGCUGAUAUUAGCAAAAGUACUGAUUUCCAGCUGAAGCAUAAUUUUACAAUUUUUAAGGAUGGGAAGCUUGUGUUUAUGACUGUAUCAGACAAAGAAGAUGCUCGGUAUGAAAUACCUGUGGCCAAAUCUGCAGAUACAGGAGACUAUGAAUGUACUGUGCAAGCAGAUGGAAAGAAGGGUUUCAGUAACUCCAUCUAUGUUUGGGUAGCAGGAAUGACCAAGCCAAUCCUAACUGCUGACAAAAAAGAGGUUUCAGAGGGUGAAGUUGUGAAAUUACGUUGUGAGCUGCCAGAAGAAGUACCUCCUCUAGAGUUCUUUUUCCGGAAGAUAAAGACAAAUUCAGCACCUAAAGAAAAGCGUGUACCUGAACAAAAUCAAAAUUUUUCUCAAGUAGAAUUUCCUGUUGAAGAGGGAGAUAAUAUUUUACAAUUUGAUUGCUUUGGCAAGAGACAAGUAAAAUCUGGAUGGGAAAGUUCACAAUACAGCAACAGUACACUUGUUACAGUCAAGGAACCAUUUAUAAAGCCCACUCUGAUCACCAGGCCUUCCUCCAGUAACGUUACAGAAGGAGACAAAAUAGAAUUUGAGUGCUCAACUGAGGUAGCUCAAAUGCGUGGCAUUGAAAUAAUCUUCCAGAAAAACAGGACAAUAUUGAACAGUGUACGAGAUGAGAAAUCUUUGAAAUACUCUACAAUAGCUACUCAAGAGGACAGUGGUGAAUACCUGUGUAAGGUGGAGCAAGGAGCAGUGUCUAAAACCACCAAACUGAAUGUCUUUGUGUCAGAAUUAUUCCCCAAGCCAACGCUGUCUGCUUCUAUGACUAAGUUGGAUGAAAAUAAAGAUUUAAUUUUGAGUUGCAGCAUCAAUGGUUUUCGGAGAGCCAACUUCUCUAUAGUACGGAAAAGUUCCACUGGAGACAUCCUGUUGAAGAAUUCUAGAGUCUUAGCAAUUAAAGUUAAUGUGAAUGAUACUGGAUCUUACACCUGCAAAGCUGAAGUAAAAGGCAUAGUCAAGGAGAGCAAACGUGUAAGGAUAAAUGUUUAUGCUCCAGUCUCCAAGCCAACUCUUUCAGUUGUCAGUGGUUCACCAGAGGUGGUAUUAGGGAAGCCUCUACAAUUAAUCUGUCAUUCAGCAAUGGGAACACCACCAAUAACAUUCACAUUCUACAAAGGGGAUGAAAUUAAGAAAAAUGUAACUAAUGAUACAUAUGCUACGUUCUUGGAUGAAGAUAUUGGACUAAAUGACAAUGGAGGAUAUAAAUGUGAUGCUAGAAACAAUCACUCCAGUGGUGUGAAAACUAGCAAUAUUCUAAAUGUCACAGUGAUAGUACCAAUCAGGGAUGCCAGUUUGGGCAGUGUUCCGUAUGGAGAAGUAGAAGUUGGCAGUGAUACUGCUUUCCUCUGCUCUGUGAAAGAAGGAUCUUGGCCAAUUGACUUCAAGUUUUUUAAAAAAACUGAUCAUGAAGUUCUUCUGCAUGAAGUAAGGGAGUAUUCAGACAGAACCAUAUGGCACAAGAAAACAAUGAAGAGGAAGGACACAGGCACCUAUUAUUGUAUGGCUUCGAACCGAGCCAGCAUGGACGUGAGGAGCCGUCCAAUAACCAUCAGUGUCAUCUUAGCAGCUUGGCAGAAAGGAGUCAUUGCUGCUUUUGUCCUAACAGCCAUGGCAGGAGCAGGAGCCAUCGCUUUAUGGUGGUUUUUGCGUAAGAAGAAAAAGGCUAAAGGACCAUCCAUGGAGAUGUCUGGUUCUGCCUUGGCUCCAAACUUGACAAAUGAAAAACUAACAAGACAGCCCAGUGAUGGAAAUUACUAUUCAGGAUCAGAUUACAUUGAAGAUAAUGAAAACCACAUGAAAUCAACUGACGAGAGUAAAGGACCUGACCUUGAGAGUGCUGAGGUGGAUUACACUGAAGUUGAAGUCUCCUCGCUUGAUCCUCACAGAGUAACCUGACCUCAGAGCGUGGGGCUGAGGUACAUGUCUGCAACCUUGAAGGAGAAAUGCCCAUGGAAAUUUAUUAUCCACCCAAAUGCCCACUUCAAUCAUUCUGUGUCAUCUGGAGAACUCCAGUGCCAUUGUGGCCUUGUGUUGAAAGCUGUAAAACCUUUCAGAAAUUUGCAAAAAGCUCCAAGUAGCUGAGACUGAAUAAACACUGCAAGAGAAGUUUAUGCUCUGCUCUUGCUUCUUUUCUUCAGCUGAAUGAGAAGCAGAAUGAGGAAGAAAUGGAUAAAUUUCCUUCUUCCUGGUAAGAAGGACUAGUCACUUAUUUCAGAGACCAAAGACAUGAUUGUUUAGCUGAUAGCACAGAUGUUUGGGCAAGAGUGUUCACUCUUCAGGCUUGGCAGCCAACCCCUCCCGGAACAGCUAGUCCUGCUGUCCUUUCUGUUUUCACUUCCUGCUAUCAUUCACCACAGAGUCUUCCCUGUGUUUUAGUUUACCCACCUCUGCUAAAUUCUGCACUGAAGAACUAGAAUUGUUAUCUUCUUCAGAAUAGGGCUAAUAAUUGUUCCAACUGUUUCUGAGCGUGCACUACAAUUCUACAGUUGUAGAAUCUACACCAUUCUACACAAUGGUGUAGAAUAGUAAGAUGUGAUAGUGCAUUAUUUAAAUUAAAAGCCCUAUUAAUUCAAGAUCAACAUCUACAAAAACAACAUUUUCCAUUAUAUAUCCAUUCUUGAUAUAUAACACUAUUCCUGUAUAUCAGACUAAGCAAUAUGACAGUAUCUAUGCCUUGAACCCCAUUAAAUCACAGAAUAAUGUUUACUCUGGUGUGUAAAUGAGAUCAGAUUAUUUUAAUUAAGUGCUGCCUCAUGCUACAGACCUGUGCAUGGCACUCAGAGCACUGAUAGAUUCUGUAAGACUGAUCUGUGCUUGAGUAUUCCGAGACAGGAGCAGUUCCCUGAUCCAUUUCCUUUGCUGCCCCAGGACACAGUGGAGUGCUUUAGCUAUGGAAAUGAAACUGCACUGAAAGUAUUUAAUAUGCUGCUCUCUGAGGAUGCUGCUUAAAUAGAAGGAGCUGUAUGAAACCAAGUAAUUUCUUGAGCUUUGCACUGCCUAUCACAAUGAAAACAGGAUGAGAUUUAUUCUUGGGAAAAAAGAAGCAAAGCCAAGUUUCUUAAUAUUCCCUUGUAAUAAUCAUGUACACCCACAGAGACAAUUUGGCCACAGGACUGCUACUGAUAUUUCUGCUAUGUUGGUGUUAUUGUAAGAUUUUGUUUCCAGUCAUAAUAUUCUUUCAUGUCUGUGUGUGAGUAUGACCAGCCCUUCCUAGGGAACAGAACUUUCAGAUUAUCACCUUGCUCCAAAUUCCUUUUACACCUCUUUUGAUUCCUCCUGUUUUCUGAAUGAAGACAAAGCAAAUCACAUUUAUUUUUUUUCUCUGGGCGCACAUUGCUCAUCCAGCAGCUUACACACAGAGUCUGAUUCUUUCUGUCUUUUGAGGAACUGCAGAUUUCUUUGAUCUUUUCGGCCUAACCUCAAUUUAAUUUAUCUUUCCAAUCAUUUGUUCCUUCUGCCACUGUUGUCAAUGUCAAUACUAAUGUUAGCAGGAGAAUCAUAUUCUGUGUGCUGUGAAAGGCCACUGCAAUAAAUGCUGCAGUAUCUAAGCUGUAACAGUUGCCUUAAUGUCACUUCUGGGAAUUAGAAUUGAUUGAAUGUCACUUCAAAACAAGUUGAAAUUAUUGUAGAAGGAUGUACACUUUGUCUUUAUCAGUAAAGAAUUACCUACAUUUGAAAACACUGUUUUACCCUGUUUUUCAAGUCAUGUCUGAGCUAUCUGAUAAUUUCUGGAAUACUUCUUUCUGGAAUUGUUAAAUUCAAUACUUACCAAGUUUGUAUGCUUGACACAAAUAUAGUGCUUGUCUUUUCUAAAGCUUAGUUGGGAAAAAAGUGUGAUUUAGACACGUUAUUGUGAAUCUGAGCAAAACCAAAAGCAAGGGCUAAAGUCAGAUCAGGAAAUAUCCCUAAAGUGACAAGGCAGAAAUUACUAAGCAUGGCUCAGUAAGAGUGUUCUCCUUAUUUUACUUUUAUAUCUUGUUAGUUAUUUGCAGGGUGACUGAUAAAAUUAUAAAAUUAGUGGGAACAAAAUGUCAAAUCAUCCAAGUAACUUCUCCUGGCACAUUUUUUCAGUGCUAUGAUGACUUUUGUAAGAUUGACAAAAGAAAUAACAUGGGCAGUGGUAUUAUAUCACAAUAUAAUGAAAUGGGUAUAAUAAAAAAAAAAAAAAAGCAAACUAAAGAAAAUGCCUGCAAUCAAGUAUUUGCACAGAGUCAAUAGGAGUAGGUUUAGGACCUAAAAAAGAGCUAAAAAGGGCUAAAAAGGAGUCCUUAACAAAAUGAGCUACCUUUAAUUAAAAUUCCAAGAAGAUUAAUUCUUACUUCACUGGAAACUGAAUUGAUCAUUUAAGAAGUAGUCUGUAAGCAUUUGAAAUACACCUUGAGGUCUUCAAAUUAUUUUGCAAAGAAAGUUCAUGCCAAACCUGCAACUUUGAAAACUGUGAUUAGACACUUGAGGAAGUGUAGAUGCUAUUGUUUAAAUUAUUAGGAGUUUUGCAACUCCAUUCUGAUGUAUUAGCUCACAGCAUUUAAAGGAUGCUGAACAGAAUUUUAAAAAAAGUUAAUGAAAUUAUCUUUGGGAAUUCAGAAUGUGGUGCCAGAGACACUUGGGUUCUUCAGGGCAAUGCAAAACAGUAACAGUCCUGACUCUGAGUCUGCAAAUCAUUAUGUCUGAAUUCUUUAAAUGUUGGGGGUUUUUAAUAGCUAAAGCACAGGAUUCUGUAUCCAGAAAUAUUAAUUUCUUUACUCUUUUUUUUUUUUGCCAAGAGGAAACAACAAUUUUUUUUUAAAAUUUAACUAGAAAAAUUUAACUUCUUGGUUUGUUGAAGGUCCACAGAAAUUGGAGGUGAUACUGGUAGAAUUCUGAGGUUUUCCAGGAGGCUCAGUUUAACUGAAAUGAAUGAGUGUUUCUGAAGUGCUUUGAGAUCCAUGAGCAGCAAACUUCUGGAUCCUGCCAUCACAAACCUUUACAGCAAGUGAAGAAAGUUGUUUUAAAUGCACAGUUCUGGAGCACCUUGACUGCCCAGGGAUUUCUAAACUACAGCCAUACAAUAAACCUAGGAGAUUGUUCUAAUCUCCUACUAGCCAGAAGUUUAUGCUGACCACAGAGAAAAUGAUUCUUGCUAUUUUCAAGCCUUUAGACAAGGCUCUGUCCAAAAGGAGACCUUUUCCAGAUAGCAAUAAAUGGAAGCUGUGCAGUGUGAAAUCAGCAAAUAUUCUUCUGAGACAUUUCCCAAACUACAGCAAUUUAAUUUUUUUUUGUGCCCUUAAGAUUUAAUCAGGCUAGUUGCCAAAACUGUUUGUAGUCUCCCAAGUAAUAGAUCUCCUCAGGGCUAGGAUCCCUAAAUCCUUAGAACAGAUUGAAGAAGCUCUUCAAAGUGGUCCAGAGAAACUGUUCUCUAGUGGUAGAUGUCUCUGUGAAAUUAAAGCAGCAUUGGUUCAAGUUCAGAAGAUUAUUAGAAUGUUGAAGUCAAAUUUAGAAAGGGAAGCAGAUUUUCAUCAUCAUUUUUAUAUAGAGGGAGACAUCCUUCUCUCAGACCCUUCCAGGCUGGGUUUGGGGAGGGGGUUGUAUUUGCUUUUUCACAGACCUACAUAGGCUCAUUGCUGCUUCUGAAAGUAAAAAAGUGUGUUCUCUUUGUUUAAGGAGCUUUUCAU